AUGGUGUCCUCCCGCAUCCUUCUCCUCGCCGCCAUCCUCCUGGCCGUGGCUUCUGUCCGGGCAAGUGGCCAGGACCUGCCGCCUCCACCGGCAACGGCUCCAGCACCAUCCGCCUGUGGAGGCGAUCAUUGCUCGUUGAACGACGUAGUCAAGCUCGACGUGUGCGUCGACCUCCAGCUGGGAAGGAUGGGCCUGGCCAACAAAGACCGAUGCUGUCGGCAGAUACGUGGGAUGCCGAACGCCGCCGACUGUUUGAGCGUUGCCUUCAGCCGGGCAUAUCUCCGUGUUAGCGCAAACAUCGUCGACGGAGUCAGUGCCGUGCUCACUGCCUGCGGCAUGGCUGGCGUCUUCGACCUCGCUUGUAUCAUCGGACAUUGA